AUGCGGCCCCCUUCUUUCUCUAGUGCUGAAGGACCCCUAGCAGUGGAGGAAUUCUUGAAGGUCACUGAGACUAUUCUCACGGUGACCCGUAUUGCCCCUGCUGAAUGGGUGGACCUUAUGGAUAUUCAGCUCACCGACACCGCUCAGAUUUGGUGGACUGUAGAGAAGGCUCAUUUGGAGAGACCGAUUUCGUGGGAAACCUUCACAGACCGUUUCAACAGGAAGUACUUCCCUCAGUCAGCUCGGGACGAGCUUUUGCGAAGAUUUGUGGAGCUCAAGCAAGGAGGGCGAAUAGUUGAUGAUUAUGAGGCCGAGUUUUCUCUAGCUGGUAGAGCACUUACGACCCACGACGCCGUGUUGGAUGCAGCACGCGAGAUCGAGAGCGUUCUGAAGGAACCUGAAGACCCGCACGUGAUUCAGAGCAGGACACUAGCAGCUCCGUCCCGGAAUGUUGAGCGUCCCCCUCCGAGACAGCAGCAGCAGGCCCCGCAGAGGCAGCAGGAUUCUCAGCGUCAGCCAUUUCAUCAGGCUCACCCUUAUCAGCAUCUUGGAGUGCAGUCUCAGAGCCAGUCUUCGGUGAGGUGUUCUUAUUGUAGAUGCCGCAAGCGCCUUCGUCUGUGCUUCAACUGUGGGUCCCCCGACCAUCUCAGUCCGAACUGUCCUCAGAAGCAGCAGGCCCGCUUGCCCCCACCUCCAGUUCGAGCGGCUCUUCCAGCUCCACCUCGAUCAGACUCAGCAGCUCUAGCUCAGUACAGACCCUAUCCUCGAGCAGGGCCACUUCCCCCACAGCAGCAGGUAUAUAAGGAAGCACACAGGCAGCAACCUCGGCGACAGAUGUUCAUGAUGUCAGCUGUGGAAGCAGAGGAGAACAACCAAGUUAUCACCGGUGAGAAUAGUUCAUUCUUAGUUUUAUUUGCGUGUGAACUUCCUUAUUUCGUAUUGCCUGAUGAUAUUAUGAUAUGA